ACGCCCACCCGGCGCUGCCUGCGCUCAGUCGCCGCAGAGCUGCGCAAAAUGGCGGCAGCGUCCUCCGUCCGGCCGCCGGGCUCGCACGCCCUGAAGCGGCACAACUCGCCCUUCCCGGACUCGGACAGCCCCGAGAGCCGCCAGGACGAGGAAGCGUCCUCCGAGGGGACCGGUCUGCGAGCCUUGCCGGACUUGGAGCCAGAUGAGAUCGAGAGGAGGCUGGAAAAAACUCGUAGGGAGCUGAGCAACAGGAGGAAAAUCCUCAUUAAGAACCUCCCUCAAGACAUAAGCAGCCAGGAAGUCCACGACAUCCUGAGAGAAUAUGAACUGAAGUAUUGUUACGUGGACAGGAACAAAGGAACAGCCUUCGUGACUCUCCUGAAUGGCGGGCAGGCCCAGGACGCCAUCCGCUCUUUCCACCAGACCUCCAUCCGCGGGCGUGAGAUCACGGUGCUGCUGCAGCCCACCGACUCGCUGCUGUGCGUCACCAACCUGCCGCACUCCUUCAGCGGCGCCCAGUUCGAGGAGCUGGUGCGCGGCCACGGCAACACAGAGCGCUGCUUCCUGGUGUACAGCGAGCAAACGGGCCACUCCAAGGGCUACGGCUUCGUGGAGUACAUGAAGAAGGACUCGGCGUCGCGGGCGAGGGCCGAGCUGCUGGGCCGCACACUGGGGGAGCGCUCGCUCGUGGUCCAGUGGACCGACGUCAACCAGCUGACAGCCGAGCUCCUCCACUCCAAGUGCCUCUGUGUGGACAGGCUGCCGGCCGACUUCAGCGAUACCGAGGAGCUCGCCAGCGUCUUCUCCGAACGCUACAAGCCCGUCUUUUGCCAACUGGCCCAGGACGAGGACAGCCAUGCUCGCGGCUUCGCAGUGGUGGAGUAUGAGAGCGCUGCGCAGGCCGAGGCCGUCCUCAUGGAGACCGACCGGCGGCUGGUCGGCGGCCGGGAGAUCCGGGUGUCCUUCUGCACGCCGGGAACCUCGGGGAGGAGCACACUGGCGGCCCUGAUCGCCGCACAGGGGGCGAUGUCCAGCGGUAAGAAGGGUCUGCUCCCGGAACCGAGCCUCGCACAGCUGCUGAGCAGUUUGGGCAACCCGGCGGCCCUGCAGGUUCUGCUGAGGCCAUACCAUGCCGGCACCAGCAAGAGAGGAGGGAAAUUUGGGUGUCCCCAGGGUUUGCCAUUCCUGCGCCCCCCCCUCGCCUCGGCUCUGCUGCAGUUGGGAAAGGUGCAACAGAGCGCCAUGUUGGGCAACGGACUGGUCCUGCAGAACCUACUGCAGAUGCAGCUGACCCAGCAGCAGCUACUGCAGAUCAAAGAGAAGCAUGUUCCCAGCCUCCUGGGUGACCCCUCCAGGAUGCUCCUGCAGAAAGCCAUGAGCCUUAGGGCCACGGGGCCCCUGUCGCUGGGGAAGGGGCUGCUGGGAGACUCUCCAAACGAGCUGCCUCAGGACGCCUCGCAGGCCCCCGGCCAGGCACCGUACCUGCCGAGCCGGACGCAUCUGGGCCCCAGCGGGGGGGAGCAGAACGGUGUUCCAGCUGGGGACAAGCAGCAGGGGGCGCCGGCAUCCGGUUUCUUGCAGGGGGUGGCCAGCCCCAUAGUGAGCGCCUUGCUGGCAGGGUCCAAAUCACGGCAGGGCAGCAAAGCAGGAGGGCUGGGCAGGACCCUGACCAGCAACCAGACCUCGCUGCUGGGGGAGCCACCCAAGGACGUGAAGGUGUCCUCCAACCCCUACCUGAACCUGGCCAGUGUGCUGCCCGGCGUGGUCCUCCAGGCUCCCAGCAGCAAGGCUCAAAAUGUCCAGCCAGCCGGGGGGGUUUAUAGCACCGUGCUGCCGAGUGCCCCACAGACGACCCCGCAGCCAGCCCCCCCAUACACCACGGAGACCCCCGCCGAUUACGUACAGCAGUACACACAGUCAUACUCGCAGGAGGCCAUACAGCAGUGGUAUCAGCACUACCAGGCCCAAGGCUACACCGGCCCCACCCAGGAGUCAGCCCCCAGCGACUACACCAAGGAGCAAGCCCAGGUUACUGCCUACACACAACCCACCUCCAGCAACUCAGAGACUUACUACCACCAGGGAAGUACGACCUCUUAUGGGGACUACAGCUCCUACAUGCAGGCCGUCAGUCAGUAUUACUCUCAGACGCAGAUGUCCCAGACAGCAAUACAGUCGUACCAGCAAAGGGACACCAGCAAGGAUGUCGACGCCAACAAGGCAGCCUUGGGUGGAGCUCUUCAUGCGGUCAGCAAUGGCGGCACCCAGAGUGCCCCCCCCACGACCGUGGUCCCCGCCUACAGCUCAAUGCCCCUGGUACCAGGGUACAUCGGGCCUCAGCACAUGCCUGCCACUUCUGCAGCGCCCACUGGUGGCCAGGCCCCUACCACGACCACUGACUGGAACCAGUACUACUACAAUACGACGCGAGGGCAGAAGCGAGAGUACCCCCUGCCGGCCCCCCAGGACGCGGCAGGGGAGGGGGGGUACGCAGGCCAGCAGUCCCAGAGCCAGUAUGCAGAAUACUUCAAGAAGAAGAGGAUCUAAGCCCCUCACCCCAACAUCCGCGCUCUCGUCCUCCAUGCUCGCGGUAUGCCCGCCCCCCCCCCCCCCCCCCAUGUCCUGUCCAUGCCUUAACUUCCAGCUCCUCUCGCUUAUCGCUCGAUGUUUAAAUGGUUCUCGUUUACACGGGGGAGGGACGUACAAUUUUGAAAUGUAUGAGACUCUUUUUGUAUUUGCAUAUUCCAAGUCCUCUCCGUGGGCUCGUGUGUUGUAACUUAUAUCUGUAUAAAUCCGUCUUUUCUCAGUGUGAGGAAAAAAGCCCCUUUUAUCCAUAAUCUUUGAAAAGGUGAUGUAGUUUUAAACCCCCCCCCAUCCCCCAACCCCUUUGUCGUUUUUCUAACUGACUCAUGCCAUUACGCACCGUCACGGCCUCCUUGACGCACUCCGCGUUCGCUUAUGUUAUCUUCUUGCUACUACCUUUAAUCGUAGGAGUGACUAUAGCCAUUUACAGGACUGCUUCUGCCUGCCACUGAAAGCACAGGGGCCCUCGGCUCGUAAUCCUUAAGGACAGAAGCUUCCUAGGAAUCCGACGGCCAUGUCUUAAAUGCAAUAAUGUUCGCUGCCGUGUGACUUCGUUCUCUAUUAACCCGCCUGUCGCUCUGGAGUCUUAAGCUUCGUGAAUUAAUUACUUUUCUCCCCUCCUGCCUCCAUCGAGUGCAUUUUCAGUUUAGAAUUACAGGGAUUCAAUGCUGGAGGUCUGAGAUAGGUGCUGUUUAUCCUCCAUUAUGGGGAUGUUAAAUGCUUUUAAAUUUUUCUAAGCCCCCGAAUAUCUUUUGGAAUCUGACGCGGCCUGGGUCUGGCGUAUUCCACGCAGGAAGCCCACGCUGGCUACUACGCUCAGGGCGUGCUGUUCCAGGCCUAGCUGAGGUGUGACCUCUAGCCCCGCCCCCUCUGCAGCUGGCAGUAAGGCCACGCCCCUAACCUUGGGAAUUGGCCUAUGGGGAAACAGCCUAUCUGCUGGAUGUGGGAGCGGUGGUGUCGUUACCAAGCACUGCUGGCAUGCAGCUACUGUCGGCAAGUGAUUUGUCAGCGCCUACCCCCCCCCCCCCCCCCAACUGAAUUCAGUGUGUUGCGUUCAGUUGGGUUUCAAGCACCCGGCUGCUCAUUUGCCUUCACAAAAGCAGCUCUGAUCCUGCAGCUCUCUUUCUAAUAACCUUUAUAAUAUAACGAAGGGAUAAAGCUGUUUGUUCCCCUGGCUGAUGAGCAAACUGCCGUCUGCCGGUUCUUCAGGACAUAUUAGGAGGCUGCUAUUUCCGCUGUGUUUGUAAUCCAGUCUCCCCGUGACAGCUAUUACCCACAGCAGCCUCGACACCCACAACCCCCUUUUUCCAGGACCAGACUGAGGCCCCUUCCCUGGUUUGUUUUCAUUCUGAGACAGUAAGAUAAACAGUGCCGACCGUGGUGCUGAUCCUGGAUCAGUGGGGGCAGGGCCUCUUCCCUUCUGCUUGCUGUCGAGGGGUUUCCUCACUGUCACAGUGACAUCAUUCCGCGGGCAUUUUACUAAGAAUAUUUUACCUCCCGUCAAAUUUAGCAUUGUUCAGUCCAGAGCCCGCUCAGUGUGGUAUGAGGGUAAUUCUCUGCCCUCCGGGUCCUAAGGGGCGGCCCUGCCGUUGUUCGCUGGCCGACAAACCAUUUUUAAAAGCCCCCGGACCCUCUUUAAAAACCCAGUGUUGUGACAGAAGGGCCCCCCCUGCUGUCAUUGUGGUGCCUCUCUUGCAUGUUGCCAAUCAGGUGUAUAACUGGUAUUGAUUGUAAACAAGCUCCCCUCCCUGAGCCCUUACAGGUUAUGGUGGUGGUGGUGGAGUUGGGGGGGGCAGCCCUUGUCAAUAAAUGAAAGGCGUUUUGGUUCCUCACAGGAUCAAUAUAGCUUGUAAAUAUGGAGUCUAAGCCUUCAAUCACUACAUUUGUUUUUUCCGUUUUCCCUACUAAAGCUUUGCAAUAUUGAAACUUUCAGAGAUGAGGAAUGUCUCGCUGCCUGUAGUGUAGGGAAGAGCACAGUACACGACUUUGUACAUGAAAAUGAAAUCACAGAUUUCGCAAGCCAUUCGUUUGAAGUUUAUCUAGGUUUUCUG